AUGGGCUCAAUCAAACCAUGGGAAGGUCUUCAUCAAUCUGACGCGUCUUUUGCUCAGGAGUGCAACGCGGAGUGCAACGCGGUUGAGUUAAGGAGUGGAAAGCAAUUGUCGGAGCAGGUUAAGAAAAAGUUUACUGCGGCUGAGAAAGGGAAGCAGAAAGAGUUGGAACAACCCACUGAGACCCCAGUAGCUGCUGAAAAGGAACCAACAGAGAGGAUCAAUCAACCAGAACCAGAACGACCAGCUGAGGUCGUUUGCCCUAUUCCAGAGCCUGUUCCUGCUCGCAAAUUUACCCCUAAAGUCCCUUACCCUAUUCCAGCAAAGGUUACUCGCAAGGACCGAGAAGAGAUGAAGUGUAGGAAGAUGGUGGAAGACCUAACCGUCCGACUUCCCUUGAUGGAUACGAUCCAGAUGAUGCCCUCUGUGCACAGCUUUAUGAAAGGAUUGAUCUCAGGAAAAAUAUCAGAGGAGAACGAAUUCAUGACAGUCUCUAAGGAGUGCAGUGCAGUCCUUCAGAACAGGCAGAUUAAGAAGCGCGGAGACCCUGGCAAGUUCGUUCUCUCUAUCCAGAUUGGGAAGACAGUUUUCUCAUGUUCCUUGGUUGAUCUGGGAUCCAGCGUAAACCUCAUGCCCUACUCUGUAGCACGACGUCUGGGAUACUCGCAUUUCAAACCAACAAGGAUGUCCUUGGUAUUCGCGGAUAGAUCAGUUAAGUCUCCUGUUGGCAUUCUAGAGGAUCUUCAAGUACGAGUCGGGAACACUUCUGUCCCAGCAGACUUCGUAGUUCUUGAACUGGAAGAAGAAUCCAAAGAUCCUCUUAUCUUAGGAAGACCGUUUCUUUGCACUGUUGGAGCAAUCAUUGACGUGCGACAAGGGAAGAUUGAUCUCCAUCUGGGAGACAUAGUCAUGCAGUUCGAGAUAGAUGAGCUGCUGAAGAAGCCGAUGCUGGAUGGACAGACAUUCGAAGUGGAUGAAGGGAUUGAUCCGUUACAACCUAGCGAAGGGAUGAUUGAGGAGAUUCUUAAGGAAGAUCCCCUCGAGCUCGCACUUGAGUAUGGGAAGAAUGGUGGCGAGUCUAAGUCUGGGGAAGAGAGCAACAAAGACGAGAACACUCCAACUGGAGCAACCUCUUCAUGGAACUCACCUGUUCCGCCGAACCUGCCUGAUGACCCCUGGAGCGAGCUAAGGGCUCCUAAGAUUUCCAUCCACCCAGACGAUCAGGAGAAGACAACGUUCACAUGCCCAUACGGAACGUACGCGUACAGGAGAAUGCCAUUCGGCCUGUGCAAUGCGCCAGCAACAUUUCAGCGUUGCAUGAUGUCGAUCUUUACUGACCUGAUUGAAGACAUUAUGGAGGUUUUCAUGGACGAUUUCAGCGUCUAUGGAAGCUCUUUUAAUGUAUGUUUGUCAAACUUGUGCAGGGUACUAAAAAGGUGUGAGGAUAAGCAUUUGGUGCUCAAUUGGGAGAAGUGCCACUUCAUGGUCAGAAAUGAGAUUGUUCUAGGACAUAAGAUCUCCGAGAAAGGCAUUGAGGUUGAUAAGGCAAAGAUCGAGGUGAUGAUGAGCUUGCAGCCCCCAACAACUGUGAAAGCAAUCCGGAGCUUCGCGAAGGAUUCUACAGGAGCUGCGUUCCACACGAUCAAGGGAGCUCUAGUUAGCGCGCCUGUUGUGCAACCGCCAGAUUGGGAUCUUCCCUUUGAAAUCAUGACCGAUGCAAGCGAUUUUACAGUUGGAGCAGUCCUUGGGCAGCGCAAAGAUAAGAAGCUUCAUGUGAUCUAUUACGCAAGCAAAACCAUGGACGAAGCUCAAUGCAGAUACGCUACUACUGAGAAGGAACUUCUGGCUAUUGUUUUCGCAUUCGAGAAGUUCAGAUCCUACCUGGUGGGCUCGAAGGUGAUUGUGCACACAGACCAUGCUGCUCUUAAGUAUUUGCUUACAAAGAAGGAUGCAAAACCAAGGUUGUUGAGGUGGAUCCUUCUUCUCCAAGAGUUUGAUCUGGAGAUUAAAGACAAAAAAAGUGUCGAGAAUGGGGUUGCAGACCACUUGUCCAGAAUGAAGAUUGAGGAUGAUACAGCUCUUGAUUCAGAACACACAGUGGAACACGUCAAUUCAAUUGGUCUGCGCUUCGCGGAACAACCCAGAAGUAUCAUAUCUGAUUGUUCUCGCGUACCGCAACAACCCUUGAGCAUAAUAUCCGAUUGUUCUCGCGUAUCGGAACAACCACUAGCAGCGAUCCAGAAGCAGUAUUCUCACCUCCCCUGGUUUGCUGAGAUUGCGAAUUUCCUAGCUGCUGAAAAGGAACCACCGAAAUUCACUGGAAACGAGAAGAGGAAAUUUUUAAGAGAGGCUAGACAGUAUGUUUGGGAUGAACCGUACUUGUACAAACAUUGCAGGGAUGACAUAUUCAGAAGGUGUGUUCCAGAGGCAGACAUUCCAGGAAUUCUACAUCACUGCCAUGGUUCCUCUUAUGCAGGGCACUUUGCUACAUUCAAAACAGUUUCCAAAAUUCUCCAAGCAGACUUCUGGUGGCCGACUAUGUUCAGGGAUGCUCACGCCUUUAUAGCCCGAUGCGAUGCAUGUCAGCGACUUGGGAACAUCAGCAAGAGGAAUGAAAUGCCUCAAAAUUAUAUUUUAGAGGUUGAGGUGUUUGACUGUUGA